AAGCCCACCGGUUUGCCAUUUCCGGGUCGAGUUCAUUGACGCAUAAACCCUGCUCAAAGGGUUUAGUAAAACCACAAACUCACUCUCUCGCUUCACCAUCACCAAACAAACAAACAAUGUCUCUAAUCGCAGGCUCCUACGAGAAAUUCAUUUGGGGAUACAAACUCCGACAACCCAAAUCCCCCGAAUCCCAAACCCUAACCCUAGCCCUAACCCCUCAAUUCUCCUACGCCGCCCAUCUCUCUCCCCUCAAAUCCGUCGCCGUCUCCGGCGUUGUCGCCGCCUCUUCCGCCGGCGACGACACCGUCAAACUCUACGACCUCUCAACUUCCUCCGAACUUGGUUCUCUCCUUCUCGAAUCUUCCGCCACUUCUCUCUCCUUCUUCACACCUCCUUCUCUCUCCUCUUUCCCGCGCAAUCUCUUCGCCGCCUCUGACGAUGGGUCCUUCUCAAUCUUCGACGUCGACCCUUUUGUUCUUCUUAAGACAGUUUCUGUUCACAAAAAGGGGAUUAAUUAUACCUCUGUUCAUCCGUCUGGGAAGUUGGCGUUGACUGUUGGGAAAGAUUCGUGUUUGGGAAUGGUUAAUUUGGUCAGAGGUAGGAGGAGUUUUCUUUGUAGGUUGGAAAAAGAAGCUAGUAUUGUUGAGUAUUGUUUGGAUGGUGGCAGGUUUUUUAUGAGUUUUGAUGAUAAGAUUUCUGUUCAUGAGGCUGAAGAUGCUAAGUUAGUUGGGGAAUUUGAGACUGCUAAACGUGUUCUUUGUGCCGCCUCCGGCGAGAAUGGACUCAUUUAUACUGGUGGUGAAGAUCGUGGGGUCACAGCAUGGGACGCAGUCAGUGGGAAGGUUGCCUACAGCAUAGACGAUGCACACAAGUCUCGUAUAAAAGGGAUUGUUGUACUUUCUAAGGAUGGAAAUUCUAGUGCUGUUGAGAAUCCCUUUCUAGUGGCUUCAGCAUCUUCAGACGGAGUGAUCCGUGUUUGGGAUGUUCGUGCCAUCAAUAAAGAGAAGUCAAUACCGGUGUCUGAGGCCAAUACAAAGUCAAGAAUAACAUGUCUUGCUGGGUCAUCUAUUAAGUCUCUUAGAAAACCACAGAUAAAUAAAGAUUCUUCGGAGAAGAAUGCUGUAGAAAUGGAAGAUUAAUAGUCUGGCAUAUCUAUGAAAGCAAUGAGGUGAUUCACUUUGGUAAAGUAUAGCCUUAUAGGUCUAAAAAUGUACAAGUAUUAGAAAAUCUCUUGAACUGCACUUCAUGAUUAGAUGCUUUCUGCAUCGAUUCAAUUUUUGACUGGGCACAAUUUUUGCAUACUGGAAAUUUUCGUUUAGAUUGCUUAUUGAUAUUGUUUUAAAGUUUUUGAGGACAUUUAGUUUAGGUGAGUGAGUGUAACUAUAUUGUAAGAUGUUUGUCUCUCUUAGCAAAUCGCAAUAGUUUCUUGGAUAAAAUUUUACGGUUUUGUAAUUUGUAUUGACAAUUAUGGAUGGUUGGGAGAAAGAUUAGUACUCCUAUAUUGGAUUUUGAAUUGAAA